CGCGCCCUCGCACUCAGAUCCAAAACAACGUACGAGCAAAAACUCGAUCGGCAUCAUGUCAGAGAACCAGAUGACAGUGAAGGUCGGCAUCGUGUCGGCCAAAGACGGCCUCAUCAAUGUCGUCAACUCCGAGUCGAAGUCGCCUCCGCUCCUCGGAGCUAAGGCGGCGAGCGGCGCCAAGAACGCACCCGCUGAGGACGUGACCGUGGCCGAGUCCGGCGCGUCAAUCAAGGAGUUUCCGGUGGAGGAGCCCGCCCCGGCGGGCGUCGCCGACUGGAACGUCUCGACCAAGGAGGUUCCAGAGGAGUUUCCAGAUCCGGCCGGCGAAAAGGCCGUCGGCAUCCCGCCCGAGAGCGAGCCCGGCCCGCUCAAGGACGGCAUUGACGCGGGCGGCGGCAACGUCGCGGGCGAGUUGUCGCCGAUGAAGUCCUUCGCGAAGGUCGGAAUCGUGCCGGCUGACGACGGCCGCAUCACGAUCGUCAUCUCCGAGUCGGUGUCGCCUUCGCUCCUCGGAGCCAAGGCGUGCGGCGUCAAGAACGUCAAGGACAUCCCCGUGGCAAAGUGUGGCACGGAGGACGUCCUCAAGAAGGACCCGGCCGCGGAAAAGGCGCCUGACGCGGGCCCGGUCGACUCGGACAAGGCCAAGGCCAUGUUCGCCGCCCACGCGCCGAGCCCGCCCGCCGUUUUCUGGUCCAAGUUUGAGCGCCCGGCCGCCGGCGCCAUCAAGGGCGCCCUCAAGAAGGACAUUCCUGCCGCAAAGACUGGCGCGGAGGCUUCCGUUGACGAGACCGGCGUCAUCAAGAACGACCCGGCGCUCGAGCCGGUCAACAAGAUCGACACGGCUCUAAAGCAGGCGGCGGUUUGCGGCGAGACGCUGCCGUCGAUCAAGGAGUUUCCGGAGGAGGAGCCCGCCCCAGCGGGCAUCGACGAGUGGGCUCUCAAGCCGGCGGCGGCCGGCGGCGAGAUGCAGCCGUCGAUCAAGGAGUUUCCGGAGCCCGCCCUGGCGGGCGACGACGGCUGGACCGUCUCGGCCAAGGAGUUUCCAGAGGAGAAGCCCGCCCCGGCGGGCGAGCCCGACUGGAUCGUCUCAACCUCGCGCAACAAGACCGAGCGCAAGGGCGAUGUCACGUCCGACACCAAAAGCAGUGGUCUCACCGGCGGGCCCUCCUACUGCCAACCGGGCUCGAAGGCGCAGUGAACACAACCGCCUCGAGCGUACGCUCAAACACGAGCCGAGGGUGGAGGAGGGGCGGCGGCGAAGAGGCGGGAGAGCUGGGUCCGUGCGCUCUGCUGCUGGGGGGGUCAGGACCCCCCCCCUAGCAGCAGGGAUGGCUUUAGAUGUGCAGGGGGGGUAGCGAGCAGUGU